UUUGAUUCACUGAUCUGUAAAUACCGGCGCUGGUAAAUCUAACAACGUCCAGCAUCUAAAGAAGUCGAAAUUGUUUGCAAAUGGCGUGGUAAGCACUCACAGCCACAGUUUCAGUGUUAGUUUUAUUCUCGAUUGCGAACAAAGUAUCGCGCACAAUGCCGGGCACCAUCAUCGAAAAUCUCAGUGGGCGUAAGCUGGGGGUGCUCGUCGCUACCCUCUUCGUCGGCGAAAUUGCCUGCUUUCUUAUCGGCGGCCUAAUCGCACCCUCGCCGGCUGGAACGUUCCACAUCGUGGCGACGACAUGCCUCGACCCGCAACCGGACAAUCCGGACACAACACGCUUCAUCACCAAAGAUUGCCGCAAAGUCGAUUUGCACAGCAAGGAUUUUGUAAUGAACGAGCUCAACGCCAAAGACCUCGUCUUCGUGAUGGCGAUGCCCAUGGGUAUGGCAACGCGCGACUUCAGCCGCUGGCAACAGAACCUCGUCGGCGUAUUACAUAUGGAGAUCGCGCAUGGUAAGGAUUUCAAAAUGGACAAUACCAUCGAGUUAAUACUCGACGCCAGGUUAGCAUACCGUAACAAAGACGACACCCAGUGGCAUUAUCAUAGUCAUGCAACUGAGAGGCGGCUGAUGGAUUGUGACUGGGACCAUGGGUUAAGCUCAGAGAAGAACGACGGAUACCCGUACAAUUGUACGAUUGUACCGUUGUUUGAGCUAGGUUCGCUACAUCAUGAUUAUUACUUGUUGAAUCUUCGAUUGCCCUCAUCAGCAACAGGCAAGACGAAUAACUUUGGUUGGUUGUGGGAAAUAACUCUCCAUUUGAUUCAUAUGAAUGGAGGGUUUACUAUGGUCUGGUUAUCCUUGAAGGCUUUAUUCUUCCCGUUGAUUGUUGGCUUAAUGUGCUGGUUCUGGCAUCGCGUGCAUAUUCUCGAGCGCACGCCGGCUUUGCUUGAGUACAUGCUGAUGUACCUGGGUGGUACUUUGGCAUUCCUCGACAUGCCCCUAGAGUAUCUCACAUUGUUCUUUGAGAUGCCCUACAUGCUCUUGCUUGGCGAUAUCCGCCAGGGUAUAUUCUACGCAAUGUUGCUGUCAUUCUGGCUGGUGUUCGCCGGUGAGCACAUGCUGAUUCAAGACAACGGCGAAAAGAACACACUUCGACUGUAUUGGAAACAUCUCAGCGCCAUCGCCAUCGGUUGCACAUCGCUGCUCAUUUUUGACCUUUGUGAACGCGGCGUCCAACUUGUCAAUCCUUUCUACACCAUCUGGGUAACACCGAUUGGCACCAACCUUGCGUUGUCGUUCAUUAUUCUGGCCGGCAUCUCUGCGUGCAUCUACUUUGUCUUCCUUUGCUACAUGGUGUGGAACGUCUUCAAGAACAUUAGCAUCAAGCGCAGCAGUCUUCCGAACAUGUCCUCCGCCAGACGAUUGCACUAUGAAGGAAUCAUCUACCGCUUCAACUUCUUGAUGUUGGCGACGCUGGUUUGCGCAGCUAUAACCAUUGCUUCUUUCAUUUUAAGCCAGUUCAACGAAGGACAUCACAAAUGGGACGACAAUGCUGAUCAACUGGAGUUGUCUUCGGCAAUUUUCACCGGUGUAUACGGCAUGUGGAACAUCUACAUCAUGACAUUGUUGAUCCUCUACGCACCGAGUCAUAAGCAAUGGCCGUCCGAGCCGAUUUGUGGCGAAAAUGCCGAAGAAGUGGAAUUCAACAGACUGCCAUCGGACACCAGCGCGAAUGAAAUAUCAUCGUUGACUUCCUUUGCCAGCAAGGCAGCUAUUGACUAGAGCGUAAACAUCAUCCCAUUUUAUCACAUUUUAACACGAGUAUUCGAAUCCUCAUGGCACAAUAAGCGUUACUUCAAACAUAAUUUAACCAGUGUCCAUAGUUUAGCAAUAUUUAAUACUUAUCGACGCACAAAUCUUGAUAGGAAAUCUAUUUAAAGUACUUAGGGCAGUUUUUAAUAACUUAUUGAUAUUUUUAUUAAAUUUUAGACCCUCGAAUGUAAUCUAGAAAGGCUGAUUGUAACGAAAGUAAGGAAGCAUUAAUCAAAAGUACUUAUAACGAGAAGAGAAGAAAAUCAUUGAUAUACAACUAUUUACAAAAUCCAAUAUUUUUACACAAUUUUCAUUGUCCAAAAUGAUCGGCUGUUUUAAUUUUUGCCAUUGAACACAGAAAUGCUUCGUUUUUGUUAGUUUUUAAUAAUAUUUAUACGUGUACUUACGUACUAACACCAGUAUUAUGCAUGUUGUGAUUAAAUGAACGUAAGUUUUCUUCCCACAUUUUGGCGAUUACGUUGAUAUUAAUUGUGUUAUAUUAAAAUAAGUAACCGAACGAAUUUAUUAAGAUUGUGCUUAUUAUGUAUCCGUUUACAUGUAAUUGUAUUUGAAAAAUAAUCGUAAUUUAACUGUAUUUUGCAUUCAUCGUUGUGUCGCAAUCGCAAUAAUAUUUAGUAGAAAAUAGUGAAGUAAAAGUAUUGUAAAAGAAUGUAACCGCCAUUACGAUUCAUACAUUAAAAAUAUCUGUGACAUAA